GCUUCUGCAAUGUGACCUGCCUGAAACUCGGGCUCUCCUCCAGUCUGCAUGUCCAUGGCAGAACAAAGGGGCACCUGGGCUAUGGGCGACGUGGUAGAGAAGAGUCUGGAAGGCCCACUGGCACCUUCCGCAAGCGAGCCCUCCCAGAAAAGGGGGGACCUGGUGGAAAUCUUAAAUGAGGAUAAGGUGAAAUUUGACGAUACGGGACUCUCCCUAAUUCUUCAGAAUGGCCUGGAGACCCUCCGAGUGGAAAACGCUCUGACAGAUGUCAUCCUGUGUGUGGACAUCCAGGAAUUCUCCUGCCACCGCGUGGUGCUUGCCGCGGCCAGCAACUACUUCAGGGCCAUGUUCUGCAAUGAUCUGAAGGAGAAAUACGAGAAGAGGAUCAUCAUUAAAGGGGUCGAUGCCGAGACCAUGCACACGCUCCUGGAUUACACGUACACCAGCAAGGCGCUCAUCACCAAGCAGAACGUCCAGCGGCUCCUGGAGGCUGCUAACCUCUUCCAGUUCCUGAGGAUGGUGGAUGCCUGUGCCAGCUUCCUCACCGAAGCCCUGAACCCAGAAAACUGUAUCGGGAUACUGAGGCUGGCAGACACACACUCCUUGGACAGCCUAAAGAAGCAGGUUCAAAGUUACAUCAUUCAAAAUUUUGUGCAGAUUCUAAGCUCUGAGGAGUUUCUCGAACUUCCCGUGGACACGCUGUACCACAUCUUGAAGAGUGACGACCUGUAUGUGACUGAGGAGGCUCAGGUGUUCGAGACCGUGAUGAGCUGGGUCCGGCACAAGCAGUCGGAACGACUCUGCUUGCUCCCCUGUGUCCUCGAGAACGUGCGCUUACCGCUCCUGGACCCCUGGUACUUCGUGGAGACGGUCGAAGCAGACCCUCUCAUCAGGCAGUGCCCAGAGGUCUUCCCUCUGCUCCAGGAAGCCCGGAUGUACCACCUUUCUGGCAACGAGAUCAUUUCGGAGCGCACCAAACCCAGGAUGCACGAGUUCCAGUCCGAGGUGUUCAUGAUCAUCGGCGGCUGCACCAAGGACGAACGGUUCGUCGCGGAGGUAACCUGCCUGGAUCCCCUGCGGCGCAGCCGCCUGGAGGUGGCCAAGCUCCCGCUGACGGAGCACGAGCUGGACAGUGAGAACAAGAAGUGGGUGGAGUUUGCAUGCGUGACAUUAAAAAAUGAGGUCUACAUCUCAGGUGGCAAAGAAACACAGCACGAUGUCUGGAAAUACAAUUCUUCCAUCAACAAGUGGAUUCAGAUCGAGUACUUAAACAUCGGCCGCUGGAGGCACAAGAUGGUGGUGCUGGGCGGCAAGGUCUACGUGCUGGGAGGCUUCGACGGCCUACAGAGGAUCAGCAGCGUGGAGACCUACGACCCCUUCCACAACUGCUGGGCGGAGGCCGCACCCCUCCUUGUCCACGUCAGCUCCUUCGCAGCCACCAGCCAUAAGAAGAAGCUCUAUGUGAUUGGAGGAGGCCCCAACGGGAAACUGGCCACGGACAAGACUCAGUGUUAUGACCCCGCAGCCAAUAAGUGGAGCUUGAAGGCGGCCAUGCCAGUGGAGGCCAAGUGCAUCAAUGCGGUGAGCUUCAGGGACCGCAUCUACGUCGUCGGCGGAGCCAUGCGCGCGCUGUACGCCUACAGCCCCCGGGAGGACAGCUGGUGCCUGGUGACGCAGCUCAGCCACGAGCGCGCCAGCUGCGGCAUCGCGCCCUGCAACAACCGCCUCUACAUCACUGGCGGGCGCGACGAGAAGAACGAGGUCAUCGCCACAGUGCUGUGCUGGGACCCCGAGGCCCAGAAGCUGACUGAGGAGUGUGUCCUGCCCCGCGGGGUGUCGCACCACGGCAGCGUCACCAUCAGGAAGUCCUACACCCACAUCCGGAGGAUCGUGCCCGGAGCAGUGUCCGUCUGACUGCGUGAGCGGAUCCUGGAGCCGGGGAGACCCCUAGCUCCAGCCUGACCUCUCACCCCUGCUGGGCCUACUGCAGGCAGCAGGCUUGGCCUGAGUUUGAGCCCACACAUAUGGGGCUCACUGGGGCUCACCCUGGGGGACCUAGGGAAGUCACGGCUUUGGGACAUUUGAGACCAGCCAGGAGUGUCUGCAGUGGCCUACCUCAGGAGGGAAGGCCGGAGGAAGAGAACUACUUGAGGGUCGGAGGCAGCCGCCCCAUGCUGGGUUCCACACCAGGCUCCUUCCCCGGCUCAGCUUACUUUGCCAUUGCAUGGCCUGGUGACUGCACACUGCCCCUCUCGUCCUGCAGGCCAGGAAAGGAAGCUCCAGAGAGGCCAAGUGACAAGCCCAGGUCACUCCCGCAGUCUGCAACUAUAGGGCACGUGUGCUCGCCAGACAGACAGAGACAGAGAGACAGAAAGCAAGAAAUCACCCCCCGGGGGGAUGGCCACACCGCAAUCCCUUCUCCUC